AUCACAGACUGGGCCAACCACUACCUGACCAAGUCUGGCUGCCCCUCGACUCAUCAAGGACCUGACCAUAGACAUUGCUGACGGAGUUCUGCUGGCAGAAAUCAUCCAGAUCAUAGCUAAUGAGAAAGUGGAGGACACAAUGUCAGCCCCAGGAGUCAAUCACACAUGACCGAGAAUUUGGACGCCUGCCUCAGUUUCCUGGACGCCAGAGGAGUGAAUGUACAAGGGCUCUCCUCAGAAGAGAUCCGGAAUGGGAACCUAAAGACCAUCCUGGGACUGUUCUUCAUCCUGUCUCGCUACAAGCAGCAGCAGCAACAGCAGCAGCAGUACUACCAGUCCCUGGUAGAGCUUACACACCAGACCACCGGGGCGGCGCCGGCCAGCCCCCUCAAAACGCAACCAGAGAUGCAGUCCAGUCAGAGGCAGCAACAAGCGACAGGUGGGGUCCGAUACCCCUGCCGGCCUGGUACAAGGCCGACGCUGCCAUUCCAGCGAGACUACCACCGUCAUGGCAGGACCGCCCAGUCCUGCAAGCCAGGCCUGGGUGAUGUCACACAGCAGAAGUAG